GACACGGUCAGAACGGCAGCGUGGCCGCGCCGCGCUGCCAACGAAUAAAAGCGCGUCGUUCAACGAUACGUCAGACAGUCAUCCUGCAAAGCUUACUGAGAACAGCCACCAGUCCACUCUCCCUCAACCAUCACCAUGCCUGGCCCCUGCUGCAACGACAAGUGUGUGUGCAAGGAGGGAGGAUGCAAGGAAGGGUGCCAGUGCACCUCCUGCCGCUGCUCUCCGUGCGAGAAAUGCUCGUCCGGGUGCAAGUGUGCCAACAAGGAAGAAUGCAGCAAGACCUGCUCUAAGCCUUGCUCCUGCUGCCCCACCUAGAUCGACCUACCGACCACCGGCCAUCAUUCCCCGCCGUCACACCCACACCCAUCCUUGGUCUUUCCACCACGCACGCUGCCAGCCUUCAAUAUAACCACCUUGGCUGGCCAUCAGUAAAUUAACACUACAUCCACCACAUUCCCAAGAUCCACGUGGGAAUGGAGCGGGUAGACGGUGGAGAGACAUGAUUCAUCAUUCAUAAUUACUCACCAUUUGUGUAGUAUGAUUGGUUGUCCACUUGAUAAUUUUCGUGUCUUCGAUAUUUACUUGUUUGGGAUGCAUUAAAAAUCACAUGUGAUCAA